AUGGUAGGGUGUGGACUAAUCAAGUCCAUCAUCUCCAUCUCUUCCGAUUUGAUGCACAACUUUAGGACGGGACAUCUCACCCUUACGUCUCCACGGUCUAUGAUUCUAUGCCAAGCUGUUGGCAUGGCCAUAGGCUGUUUUGUCGCGCCACUGACAUUCUUCAUGUUCUACAAGGCCUACGACGUUGGGGGCCCAAACAGCGAGUACAAGGCUCCCUAUGCCCUCAUAUACAGGAAUAUGGUGGUCCUGGCAGUUGAAGGCUUCUCCGCCCUACCCCAGCACUGCCUGCUUAUGUGUUGGGUGUUUUUUGGGUUCGCCAUCGUCGCCAAUAUGUUGAGGGACUUGCUGCCAAAGAGAGUCGGGAACUGGAUUCCGCUGCCCAUGGUUAUGGCUGUGCCUUUCCUGGUAGGAGGGUACUUUGCCAUCGACAUGUGCGUAGGGACCCUGGUUGUCUUUCUGUGGCACAAGUUGGACAGAGCGAAGGCUAAGGUGAUGGUUCCUGCUGCAGCUUCGGGGCUAAUUUGUGGAGAUGGGUUGUGGAUUCUGCCCGCAUCCGUUCUUGCGCUGCUUAAAGUGACCCCUCCGAUUUGUAUGGGUUUCACCCCUAGUAAAUACGAGGUUUGA